AAAAUGGCAUGGAAAAGGGAGGAAUCCGUAAAACCACUUCCGACCCCACCAUCGUCCCUCUUCUCGAGAACCCCUCUCGAGAUCCAAUUCGAGAUGUCUCCGAUGUCCGCAAGAGAGAUCGCUCAUCCUCCUUGACGCAAUCUUCUCCAUCGACGGACGACAUUGCUAUGAUUCCUGAAGAGAUCUUUCUUCUUCUUCUUCGUUUAUACAAAUCCUGAGGUUUCUAUCGAUGCAGGUAGGGCUAAGUUUUUUGGGUCCAAAUCCUGCCGGCAUCGCUGAAAUUUAGGGUUUUUUUUAUGUUAUUAUGAGAAAAGGUGGCUUUUUUUUGUGUAUAUUUUGUUUGCCAUUCGAAAACUUAAGGUUCUUAAGGGAGAUCUAGGCCUUGUUUGGUGAUUUUUAGGGUUUCUGGUUUGAUUUCACUCACAAUGUGGAAGCAAUUUCUUAGCAAAUUGCCGAGAAAAGCGUCGAAAUCCGAUGCCGGUUCUGAUUCCUCGCCGUGCAAUCCCUGUGACAAUUCGUCGAGCUCUGGGGCCGGCGGCAACACUGCGUUGUCAAACCGUGCCGCGGCGGUGAAGCGGAUGUCUUCCGCCAUCUUCCCCUCCAGCAUCGUCGCCGGGAUUGAGCCUUUGUUGUCCUUCAUGGACGUCCCAAGCACCGAAAAGCAGAAUCUUUUCUUCAGCAAGGUGGAUGUUUGUUGUGUUGUUUUCGAUUUUUCUGAUCCUAAUAAGAAUUCUGCUGAAAAAGAUCUAAAGCGCCAGGCUUUGAUUGACCUUGUGGAUUAUGUAAAUGCCGGCACCAUGAAAUUCACAGAGCCAAUGAUCAUUGCAAGCUGUAGAAUGUUUGCUAUUAACUUGUUUAGAGUCUUCCCUCCCAAAUGCCGAUCAAAUUCCUCAUCCGGUGGCGGUGAGAAUGAUGAGGAUGAGCCUAUGUUUGAUCCUGCAUGGUCACAUUUGCAAAUAGUGUAUGAUUUACUUCUCAAGUUUGUUUCCUCGACCUCUCUUGAUUCAAAAAUUGCGAAGAAGUAUGUAGAUCACACAUUUAUAUUGAGUUUGCUUGAGCUGUUUGAUUCAGAGGAUCCAAGAGAGAGGGACUGCUUGAAGACAGUUUUGCAUAGGAUUUACGGGAAGUUCAUGACACAUCGGGCCUUCAUCCGUAAAGCGGUGAGCAAUAUCUUCUAUCGGUUUGUCUUUGAGACAGAGAGGCACAACGGGAUCGCCGAGUUGUUAGAAGUUUUUGGAAGUGUGAUUAGUGGUUUUGCAUUGCCACUUAAGGAGGAGCAUAAGGUUUUUCUAUGGAAGGCUUUGAUCCCUCUCCAUAAACCAAAGAUGGUAGGUGUUUAUCUACAGCAAUUAACAUACUGCAUCACUCAGUUCAUAGAAAAAGAGCCCAAGUUGGCGAGCAAUGUUAUCAUGGGAUUGUUGAAGUAUUGGCCGGUGACAAGUAGUCAGAAAGAACUCAUGUUUCUCGGUGAAUUAGAAGAGGUCUUGGAAGCCAUUAACAUGGCAGAGUUUCAGAAAUGUAUGGUUCCCUUGUUCCGACGAAUUGGUUAUUGCCUCAACAGUUCCCAUUUUCAGGUCGCUGAGCGAGCUUUGUUUCUAUGGAAUAACGAUCACUUGAUAAACCUGAUAGCUGAAAACCGACAAGUUAUACUGCCUUUAAUCAUCCCUGCUUUGGAGAGGAAUGCCCGGCAUCACUGGAACCGAGCGGUUCUGAAUGUUACAUUGAAUGUCAGGAAGAUGUUCUCAGAAAUGGACGAGGAGCUCUUUGCAACAUGUCAGAGCAAGUUUGAGGAGGAGGAAGAGAAUCGAAUGGCUAGCGAAGAGAAGCGAAGAAAGAGAUGGGAGCGUCUCGAGCACGCAGCGUCCUUUCAACAAGUGACUGGAAACACGGCUCUUCUUGCGCCCAUUGUUGCAGUUCCUCCUCUUGCCGCCACUCCCGCCUAGUUACCAUUCUUUGUUUUGAGUUCAUGAUGCUCGAUGUGGCUUGGCGAUCUAUUUUAUUUGGGGAAUUGUUGUUUGUAGUUUAUUCUCUUACGAUCAGUACCAAAGCUUUGAUGCUGAUGUUGGAUCUUGGUUGCCCCAUCAUUUUAUAUAAUUAUGAAUUUGUGUUCUCACUUCU